CAUUCUAAGCUGGUCUAUGCUUCUCUCAAGAACUUGGUACCGGCUAGAGCCUUACAAUCUCUCAUCUAUGACCACUAUGAAAAGGGUACUAGAGUCUAUCAGGAUACCAACGGUGACCUUGUGACCAUGCCUGCUAGUACUGAUGGCACUGAUCAGUCUAAAAUCACCCUACGCCGAGCCAAACAGCUAGUUGCUG